AUUGCCCAGCCUUCCUUCGAACAUGAAGAUUUCGCUUGAAACCGCGAACGGCCGCACGUACUCUGUAGCCUCGAUCGAGGUCCCUGCCGACGCCACUGUGGCCCAGGCCAAGGACGCGCUCUGCAAAUCCAAGAAGAGCUUGUACCCGUCCCGCAUCGCCUUCAAGCGCGAGCCUCGCGGAUCGUUGCUCAAGGACAGCGAGAGGCUCGGAUCCAGCGAUCUCAAGCUCUUCUUCAAGGACCUCGGCCCGCAAAUCGGUUACAGCACGGUCUUUUACACCGAGUACGCCGGCCCCCUCCUCGUCUACCUGCUCUUCUACAUUCGUCCCUCUAUUUUCUACGGCCAGGGCGCCUGCGAGCUUCCUUACAGCUUUGCCACCAACGUUGCUGCUCUCUGCUGGACCUUCCACUACGCCAAGCGCCUGCUCGAGACUCGCUUUGUGCACCGCUUCUCGCACGGAACGAUGCCCAUUCUGAACAUUUUCAAGAACUCGGGCUACUACUGGGGCGCUGCCGCUCUUGUUUCGUACUUUAUCAACCACCCUCUGUACACUGCUCCUGACACUACGUUCGUUUAUAUUGGUCUGGCUGGCUUCAUUAUCAGCGAAAUUGGCAACUUUUCCAUCCACUGGGCCCUGCGCAACCUUCGCCCUGCAGGCACCACCACGCGCCGCAUUCCCGUGCCAACCGCCGACCCGUUCACGGCUCUGUUCAACUUGGUGUCGUGCCCCAACUAUACCUACGAAGUUAGCUCCUGGUUCUUCUUCAACGUGAUGACCUGGACUGUUGGUGGUGUUCUGUUCAUGCUCGUGGGCCUCGCUCAAAUGUCCCAGUGGGCUCUUGGCAAGCACCGCAACUACAAGAAGGAGUUCAAGGACUACCCCAAGGGUCGCAAGGCAAUCCUGCCCUUCUUCCUUUAACUGCAUUCUUGUGUUGAAGCUUGUGUCCUGGUUCUCGCGACAAUGAAAUGACUUGAGAAAUUCAACGCGAUCGCCUCAAACCAUUUUUUGAGUCCUGUGCUCGCAGCAAGAGCCCUGCACCGUGUCUGUCUUUCAUUCUGCAAAUCAUUCCGAGAUCAUACGAAGAUACUUACAAUGCAC